AUGCUUCGAAGUCAGGAUGUUGGAUUUGGUGGCUCUUUUGUUGUUGUCAAAUGGCAGGAUACUAUGGAGCGUUCUUCUUCUCUGAUUCUUGACUCUUCGUGGAAGACUCUUCUUGGAUUUCUUCAAAUUCUAGAAGGCUAUUUGUGGAUCUCUUUGCAUUUGACUUUUGGGAAUGCUCUUGGAUCAACUGUACAUGGAUAUGCAUAUAUGAUUGCUCUGACAAUUGGAAUUCCUGCCCAGCCUGGUUUUUCUUCUUUUUUGCAGGUCUCUGUUCUAAAUACUCAUACAAGGGCUCAUCGUUUUAAUGGCUGUCUACUGCUGUUUAUUUUGCACCUGGUCUUCUUCAUCUGGCUUUCUCUAUCUCUUGCUGAAUAUUCAUCUUCUACACUUAAAGGAGGGGCUAGCCAUGGACGCUCUCAGGUUUCUCUUGGGAGCUUUUGGAUUCCUCAGAGAUAUUCUCUAUUUUUCGUCUGA